GUUUUCACUCAACACAUAUUUUAGCUGUGAAGAACUCGAGAGAGAUCAGGGAUUAGAGAGAGUGAGACUAGAGAGAGAGAGAGAGUGGCGCAACGAACUUGACGAUGACCGAGAUUCUUCUAUAGGGUUUUUGAUAAUUUUCUAUCCCGUUAAUUGAAGUUUGAUUGCAUUUGCUCGCACACCAACAUGUAUCCGUGCGUGUGUAUGUCGAAGUGAGAGAGUGAGCUUCAGUCGUAAAUCAAUCGGCGUUUUUACAUCGGCCGGUUGAAUAAAAUGUUCGCCAUGGAGGUUGACUCGCCGCCGGAAUCCGGAGCUCAAUCUCACCAUGAUCUGAUGAUUCAGAGGCUUUUACAGAUGGGGAUUCCCCGGGACAAGUUAUACCAGGGACAGCCUGGUUUGGUGGCUUAUGCAACGGCCAACAGAUUGAGCAAGCGAGACCUGUUCUAUGCAAUCAUGAUUUCCGACGAGGAGGAGGUGGAUGAGGACGUUUUCCAGGAGAGCAUGACCUGGUUGCAGUGGUUGAUGUUUGAAGGCGACCCACAAGAGGCGCUCGAGAACCUUGCUAGAAUGAGCUCCAAUGAACGAGGGGUGUGUGGGGCCGUCUGGGGGAACAACGAUAUCGCGUACCGCUGCCGGACCUGUGAGCAUGACCCUACAUGCGCAAUUUGUGUGCCCUGUUUCGAGAAUGGGGACCACAAGGACCAUGACUACUCAGUUAUAUACACUGGUGGUGGGUGCUGUGAUUGCGGGGAUAUUACUGCUUGGAAACGCGAAGGGUUCUGUGCCAAGCACAAAGGUGCGGAGCAGAUUCAACCGCUUCCGGAGCAUUAUGCGGAGUCUUUGGGCCCUGUUCUGGAUUUACUGCUCGGUUAUUGGAAAAGGAAGCUUGUUGCCGCAAAGUUUUCUUCUGAGGCGAGCCCUAGAGUGGUCAAUCAUUGCGGGGAACUCGAAAGGGUUGCAGAGGUGUUGACCUCAACUGUGGUGGAGAUGCUAUUGGACUUUUGUAGAUACAGUGAGAGUCUGCUCAGUUUUAUUUCACAGAGAGUUUAUUCCUCAGCGGGGUUGUUGGAUGUCCUUUUGAGGGCAGAGAGAUUCAACAUGAGUAGUGAUGUUGUCGGGAAGCUCCACGAGCUGCUUCUGAAAAUGUUGAGUGAGCCAAUAUUCAAAUACAAGUUUGCCAAAGUUUUUGUGCUCUAUUACCCAACCAAUGUGGAUGCCGCAAUAAACGAGGGAAGCGAUACUGCUUUUAAAAGGUACCCGUUACUGCCGACAUUCUCUGUACAGAUUCUGACUGUCCCUACCCUAACCCCACAGCUUGUGGAGGAAAUGGAUCUGCUGGGCGUGCUGUUUCAGUGCUUGGAAAAACUUUUCGUUUACUGUGCCGGAGAAGAUGGAAAGCUGCAGGUUAUUAAAUGGGGAAACUUGUAUGAAACUACAGUUCGUGUGGUUGAAGAUAUUAGAUUUGUGCUGAGCCAUUCUGCUGUUCCCAAAUACUUAUACCUCUCUAGGCGAGACCUAGUUCGAUCGUGGUUGAGACUCUUGGCUUUUGUGCAAGGGAUGAACUCACUAAAGAGAGAAAUAGGGAGUCACAUAGAGGAUGACAAUGAGAAUGUCCACUUGCCUUUUGUCCUGUGUCACUCCAUAUUUAACAUUCUCAAUCUCCUUGUUGCUGCAGCAUUUUCGGUGGCUACUGGUGAUGGCACUAGUGUAGAAACAGUCAGGGCAUAUUACCUUGAGUCUGAAGACCAAGCCAACCGAAGACACGCGAAAGUUGGAAGACUAUCUCAAGAAAGUUCUGUGAGCAGCAUUACUGGAAAGGGCACAUUGGAUCUUGAGGCAACAGAUAGUUUUCCUGUGCCGUCUUUAGCUUUGUGGUUUAUACACGAGUGCUUGAGAUCGAUUGAGAAUUGGAUGGGACUUGACAACACUCUGGGUUUUCUCAGUUCCUAUUCUCAUAAAACGAGCGAUGGCCCGGGUAAUAAUUUCCUGGCUCUGAAGAGAACGCUCUCCAAGUUCAGAAAAGCUAGACUAUUUAAAUCACCCAUUUCAUCGGAUAGUAAGCCUCCUACUAUUUUGAGUGAAGCUCAUAACUAUACCCCACAAGGUGGAUUGAGUAUUGGUGUUGGUCCUGAGGGCAGCCAAUCUGUAAGUCAAGCGUCUUUGGGUGGUAGUGAUGUGAGCCUUCUAGGAGAGAGCACAUCCGAGCUGGAGGGUUUUCGGGUUCUGAGUUUACCAGAUUGGCCUGAUAUCGCAUAUGAUGUUAGUGCACAGGAAAUAUCCAUGCACAUUCCAUUGCACCGACUUCUUUCAAUGGCUCUGAGAAGGGCUUUGGAGGAAUGUUUUGGUGAAUCCAGAUCAUUGUAUAGUCCGAGUGCUUGCUCGACUGAUCGACCAUCCCUAAAAUUAGGUGAUUUCCUUGGUCUCGCCUUGGAUGGAUGCCAUCCUUAUGGGUUUUCUGCUUUCGUGAUGGAACAUCCUUUGCAAAUAAGGGUGUUCUGUGCUCAGGUUCGGGCUGGGAUCUGGAGCAGGAAUGGGGAUGCACCAAUCUUGUUCAGUGAGUGGUAUCGCUCAGUCCGCUGGUAUGUGUCAGAUAUCCUGAUGGAUGACCUUCUGUCCGAACAAGGUCAAGAUCUUGAUCUCUUCAUUCUUCAGUGUUGUGCUGCGUUAGCUCCACCAGACCUUUUUGUCCAGCGAAUCCUGGAACGUUUUGGGCUUUCCAACUAUCUGUCCCUGAACCUUGAACAGUCUAGUGAAACCAUUACUCAUACCCAGCUACACAUUCCUGUUUUUCUCAAUGCACUCAGCAAGAAUGCGGGUGGGCUGAAAUGGUUCGCCGUAAUUUGUUUAUGUUGCAAUCGCUUCAAGCGAACUAUCAUAGAAGCUUCAAGCAAACUAGCAUUCUAUGAAUCUGUGCUUAUUGUAUUUUCAUGCAUAGAAGUUUCAUUAUUAUGCAUCUUAACCCAAGUUAUGAGUCUGAGCUGGCAUGAAACAGUUUUAGUUACCGAAAUGCUUGCUCUUCUAAUACAAAUAGUGAAAGAAAGAAGGUUUUGUGGGCUAACGACUGCGGAAUGUUUGCAAAGAGAGUUGGUAUACAAGCUCUCGAUGGGAGACGCCACUCGUAGUCAGCUUGUCAAAUCCCUACCUCGCGAUCUUUCAAAAGUUGAUGAGCUUCAAGAAGUAUUGGAUAGAGUUGCUGAAUAUUCACAUCCAUCUGGCAUGACACAGGGUAUGUAUAAGCUGCGGUCAUCUUACUGGAGGGAACUGGAUUUAUAUCAUCCCCGCUGGAACUUGAGGGACCAGCAAGCAGCAGAAGAAAGAUACUUGCGGUUUUGUAAUGUUUCUGCAUCGGCUACUCAAAUUCCUAGAUGGACAAAGAUUUACCACCCGCUUAAGGGAAUAGCCAGAAUUGCUACUUGUAAAACACUGCUACAUAUAGUCCGUGCAGUUCUCUUUUAUGCUGUUUUCACUAACAAGUCCGCCGCAUCACGCGCUCCAGACGGUGUUCUUCUGACCGCUCUGCAUUUGUUGGCAUUGGCACUCAAUGUGUGUCAAUUAUGCAAGGAAUCAGGUGAUCCAUUAUGCUAUGUGGGCAAUGUGUUUCCAAUAUUGGCAUUUGCUGGUGAAGAAAUAUGCACGAUCAAGUAUGGUGAACAGAGCUUAUUGUCACUUCUUGUCUUGUUGAUGAGGAAGCAUGAGAAAGAAGCUGCCCGAAACAUAACGGAGGCUGGUAGUUUUGAUCUAUCAUCCUUAAUUUCUAGUUUGAUCAAGUCCUUGGUGGAGCUUGAACCGGGUUGCACAAACAAAUUGCAGAAACUGACGCCCCAGUUAGCUAAUCAAUUCUCAUAUUCAAUUAUAAGCGAUAGUGCAAAGGACAUGGAUUUGACUUCCGACAGCGAAAAGCGUAAAGAGAAGUCUCGAGAAAGACAAGCUGCUAUCUUGGAAAAGAUGCGAGCUCAACAGUCCAAAUUUUUGGAGGAAUUUCAUUCAAGCCUAGAUGAUGAGAUGGAGAAUGAUAAAUCUGAGGACAAAGAAUGUGAUUUUGAUGUCAGUAAUGCCAACCAAGAGUCAGCCCAAGUAAUAUGUUCCCUGUGCCACGAUUCCAAGUCUAAAAUUCCAGUUUCAUUUUUAGUACUUCUUCAGAAAUCCAGGCUUUUGAGUUUUGUCAACCAUGGACCGCCGUCAUGGGAGCAAGUCAGGCGAUCUGGUAAAGAGCAUGUUUCUAGUGAUACAAGCAUACACAGUGAUUUAUCUCCAACCAGUACCUCAAAUGGCUCAGAAACAAUCUCAUCUUCUCAGUUGCAAGAUGUUGUUCAGAGUGCUCUAAAUGAUCUGGCUUCUACAGGGCAGACUCAUGAAUUGAAUGGUUUCGUAGAAGUUAUUAAUGCUAAAUUCCCUUUGGUUAAUACUAUCCAACUUCCUUGCACGUCAAAAGACACGGCCGACAAAACCGCAUACUCCCUCGAGGCAUUCGAGGAAAGCAUUUAUUUGAUGAUCAGGGAAUGUCCUACCAGCUUCUCUUUGGGAAAUAAUGAAAAAUGUUCGACUUCUGGGAGCAGCAAGGAAAGGAGCAGCUGUGAUGAAUCUCUUUUUCUUGGCAAAUACAUUGCUUCCUUGCCUGAGGAGCCGGCGGAUAGCCCCUCGACUUCACAGAAUGGUUUAUCAGAAAUGAAAUCAGAAUCAAGUAUGAUCUGUCCAGGAUCUGAUGACUUUGGCCCCUCUGGUGCCGAUGGAAUUUUUGUUUCUUCCUGUGGACAUGCAGUGCAUCAAGGAUGUCUGGAUCGUUAUUUGUCAUCACUGAGGGAAAGAUAUAUCAGAAGAACUGUGUUUGAAGGAGGGCACAUUGUGGAUCCAGAUCAGGGUGAGUUCCUUUGUCCAGUGUGUCGGGGACUUGCUAAUUCAGUGCUGCCAGCUCUUCCUGGAGAUGGGACAAGGGUGUCUCAGCGACAGAUUGACCUAAACAUUAAUUUUACAGAAUCUUGUGGCCCUUCGACCUCAUCAAAUAGAGACUGUACCCUUCAUAUCCGAGAUGGUUUGUCUCUUUUACAGAGGGCCGCAAAUAUUGCUGGGAGUAGCGAGAGUCUGAAAGCUUUACCGGCUAGGAAUGUGAGAAUGAAGCCAAAUCUAGAACCUAUCAUUCGUUUAUUAUGUGGGAUGUAUUAUCCAGGCCAAGACAAAGUUCUAGAAUCUGGCAGGAUGAGCCCUUCAGUUAUCCUGUGGGACACACUGAAGUAUUCCCUCAUCUCAUCUGAAAUUGCAGCCCGGUCGAAGAAGAGCUCAUUGAGCCCAAAUUACAGUCUUGGUGCUUUAUUCAAGGAGCUUAAAAGUUCUAGCUGUUUUACCUUGUCCUUGCUUUUAGAUGCUGUUCAAAGCACACGGACAUCAGAUUCUCAGACUUUGUUUUUAAGAUUAUGGAGUCUUCAGCUGUUUGCCCGGUCCUUAUGUCAUGGUUCUUAUCCAGAUGAACCAGUCAGUUAUCUGAAAGGAGGUAAUAUGCUUCACAUAUUGGAAAAUGCCGAACCGGAUGUGCGGUAUCCAGAUGUUCAAUUGUGGAGACAAGCAUCCAAACCUAUUCUCGCUCAUGAUGCAUUUUCGUCAUUCAUGUGGAUUCUCUUCUGUCUUCCAUCCCCAGUACUAUCAUGCAAGCAAUCCUAUUUAUCCCUAGUGCAUGUUUUUUAUCUAGUUGCAGCGAUUCAGGCUAUUUUUGCAUUUCAAAACGAAAGACAAAGCACUGAAUCUGAGCUGGGAUCAUGUAACAAUAUAAUUGCAGACAUACGCCAUGUUAUGGGUGAAUGUAGAGAGUAUGGGCAGUGUUUCCAGUCCCACUCUGUUAAUCCCGCCUAUGACAUAAAAAAUGCGGUUCGCAGCUUAACGUUCCCUUACUUGAGGAGAUGUGCCUUGCUCUGGAAGCUGAUAAACUGCUCAAACAUGAUUCCUUUUAGUGAUGGCGGGUUAGACUACCUGGGUGGAUCAUCACCCUCUGCAGGUAAUGACUGGGAGUAUACAACUGACAUUGCGGAUGAGCUUCCGGAGAUUGAAAAGCUAGAGGGUAUGUUUGAAAUUCCUCCCCUUGACCUCAUUGUCGGUAAUGGGGAAUUACGGCAGACUGCUCGGGGUUGGCUGGGACAUUUCUUUGAUGUUCUUGAAUCUCAUAAAUCUCAAUGUGUUAUGAGAUUUGGUCCUGCAGUCCCGUAUAAGCUGAUGAUUUUGCCACAUCUAUAUCAGGAUUUGUUGCAGAGGUAUAUUAAGAAACCUUGCCCCGACUGUGGGGUAGUGAAGGAAGAUCCUGCUGUGUGUUUGCUGUGUGGUAAACUGUGCUCGCCAUACUGGAAACUGUGUUGCAGGGAAAGCGGUUGUCAGAUUCACGCGAUGGCAUGCGGUGCUGGCAUUGGUGUAUUUUUAUUAGUCAGGAGAACGACAAUCUUGCUUCAGAGAUCUGCACGUCAUGCACAUUGGCCGUCACUGUAUUUGGAUGCAUUUGGUGAAGAGGAUGUUGAGAUGCGUAGGGGAAAACCAUUAUUUCUGAAUGAAGAACGAUAUGCAGCUUUAAAUCAUAUGGUGGCUUCUCAUGGUCUUGAUAGAAGUUCAAAGGUGCUUGGCCAAACCACUAUUGGUUCCAUUUUCCUGUUUUAGACUGCCACCAUGUAAUAUAGCAAUUACAUUCUUGAUGAGGCUAUUUAUAGAUGAUUUGACUCUCGGCUCAAAGAUGAUAAAAGGUUUCAACGAAGCAUACAAACGGCAGUCUAUGCAAACUUUCUAAUGUACAGAUUUCAUAAAGGUCAUCAGUUAGGAAACUUUCUAUUAAAAUGAUUUCCAUAGCAAGCGUCUCGGUUGCUCAUUGCUCAUUUGCGAGUUUUAGGUGUUUGCAGUCGUAAAAGUGCUCGGCCACGAAUUUCAUAUUUGAUCCUUGAGAUUUGGUUUUGUCUUUGUUAAAAAUCCCAGUGUGGAAAGUAACGUAAAGCUUUUUAUUUGGAUAAGAGUGUUUGCCUUGCCCCCAUAAUCUUCUAUGCGAGCCUUUGUUUUAUCAAUGUUAUGUUUUUCUUUUCUUCUCUGUUUUUCUUUUUUCUCAUCUUAAUAGAGAAAACAGCAUAGAUAAUGGACUUGUUUGCUUUAAAUAAUUUGUUCAGGUCGAAACUUUUUGCAACCUGCAUAUUGCAAGAGUGAUAAAAUACGACUCAACUCGUUCCUCCUUUUGUUCAUUUUUCAUUUCUUUUUCCGAAAGAAGGUGUUCAAAUUUCAGUUAAAACAGAA